UCCUGACACCAUGGCCUGCUGUCAAACCAGCUUCUGUGGAUUUCCCAGCUGCUCCUGUGGGACCUGUGGUCCCAGCUGCUGCCAGCCAACCUGCUGCCAGACCAGCUGCUGCCAGCCAACCUGCUGCCAGACCAGCUGCUGUGGCACCGGCUGUGGCACUGGCUGUGGCCAGGAUGGUGGCUGUGGAGGUGUGAGCUGCCGCACCAGGUGGUGCCGCCCUGACUGCCGCGUGGAGGACACCUGCCUGCCCCCCUGCUGUGUGGUGAGCUGCACCCCCCCAACCUGCUGCCAGCUGCACCAUGCCCAGGCCGCCUGCUGCCGCCCGUCCUACUGUGGACAGUCCUGCUGCCGCCCAGCCUGCUGCUGCUACUGCUGUGAGCCCACCUGCUAAGAAGCCAACUUGGUGAUGUUUAACUGCCCAGGACACAGUAGCUGAAUAAUGUAUCUCCUCAACAACAAACCUCAACAAGUUCUUACACUUCUACUUGGGUUUCUGUUAUGGGGGCUAUCAAGCCCAUGAGUUCUAUCAGAUUCCACUCUACAAGGAAUACCUUGACUCUCCACUGCGGACACAGAAGUGCUGUGAGCCACCUGCUGAUCAUCAAAUUGCUUUGGAUCUACUAUUCCCGGUUUUCCCGCAGGGUUGAAAAUUGCUGCCAUAUUGUGGAUUUUAUCUUUGAGAGCUGUCCACAGGUCUAUCUUUCCCCUGCUUUGUGAUCUAUUUUUAGCUUCUAUUUACCUAGAAUUUUUUUUCAACAGUAAAGGCACCACAGUAUAGCCAAGCGACAUUCCUCAGAUGUCACCAGAGAGAAUGGAAGCUCUUGCAACGUUGAGCUUCUAAGAAGUAGACCAGUCUUUCCCAUAUUUCAACCUAUGAUUGCACCCCUUGUGGGGGGAUCAUAAUGAUCUUUCCUGUUGGCUAUUUUAAUUAUACCUGUGAUGCAGUGUCUUCUGUCAUUUCUUAAUAAAUGUU